UUGGCGGACGAGGACAGAGAGCAGCAUCAGCACGUCAAACAGCUCCUCUACGAUUUAUCUUCCCGUGAACCGGGGACCGCAGCGUACGACGGCACUAUGAAAGCCGUAAUGGAUCACCUCAAGCCUCAUAACGACAGCGAGGAACAGAACGACUUGCCUGCGCUUGAGCAGAAGUUGGGUAAGGAUAGGAGUAUGAAGGAGGCGGAGAGAUUUACUCGGACAAAGAAGUUCGUACCCACGAGGCCCCACCCCUCCGCUCCCAAUCAGCCCCCGUUCGAGACGUUCGUUGGGUUCCUCUCCGCGCCUAUCGACAAGCUCAAGGACGCGUUCGAUACCUUCCCGACGCAGGAGAUGAAAGAGGCCGUCAAGGAGUAA